CCGCCCCCCCAGCACCACCACCGCCUGCUCUUCAGCUGGGGAGAAGGGACUCUUCUGCGGCUCCCCCGCUCCCCCACCUUCGCUGGCUCCCGGGCUCGGAGCCGUCUCUCCGGAAGGGGAGGGGGCUCGGCGCGCCCGGGCGAGGUGGGAGUGCAGGUACCCCGCCAUGGAUGCGGUGCUCCGGAGGCUGCCUGAACCCCAGCCCACAUGCCACUCAGGAUGAGGGUCCGGCCCUGCCAGCCCGCGCUGGGGCCCCCCCGCCCGGCCGCGGUCUAACUGCCCCCGCCCCCAGGCCUCGCCCGGCUCGCAGGCCCCCAGCCGGCUCUCCCGCCCCAGGAUGCGCUGAGCCGCCGGGGGGCUGAGGCCGCGCCAACUACAUGCAUGUCCCCCGGGGGCAAGUUCGACUUUGACGACGGGGGCUGCUACGUGGGGGGCUGGGAGGCGGGGCGGGCACAUGGCUACGGCGUGUGCACCGGGCCCGGCGCCCAGGGCGAGUACAGCGGCUGCUGGGCGCACGGCUUCGAGUCGCUGGGCGUCUUCUCGGGGCCCGGCGGACACAGCUACCAGGGCCACUGGCAGCAGGGCAAGCGCGAAGGGCUGGGCGUGGAGCGCAAGAGCCGCUGGACGUACCGCGGCGAGUGGCUGGGCGGGCUGAAGGGGCGCAGCGGCGUGUGGGAGAGCGUGUCCGGCCUGCGCUACGCCGGGCUCUGGAAGGACGGCUUCCAGGACGGCUACGGCACCGAGACCUACUCGGACGGAGGCACCUACCAGGGCCAGUGGCAGGCCGGGAAGCGCCACGGCUACGGGGUGCGCCAGAGCGUGCCCUACCACCAGGCGGCGCUGCUGCGCUCGCCCCGCCGCACCUCCCUGGACUCGGGCCACAGCGACCCCCCGACGCCGCCGCCGCCCCUGCCGCUGCCCGGCGAGGAGGGAGGCAGCCCGGCCUCGGGCUCGCGCGGCGGCUUCGUGCUGGCCGGCCCGGGGGACGCCGACGGCGCGGCGUCCCGCAAGCGCGCGCCGGCCGCCGGCGGCUUCUUCCGCCGCUCGCUGCUGCUGAGCGGGCUCCGGGCCGGCGGGCGCCGCAGCUCCCUGGGCAGCAAGCGCGGCUCCCUGCGCAGCGAGGUGAGCAGCGACGUGGGCAGCACCGGGCCGCCGGGCUCCGAGGCCAGCGGGCCGCCGGCCCCCGCGCCGCCCGCGCUCAUCGAGGGCUCGGCCACCGAGGUGUACGCGGGCGAAUGGCGCGCCGACCGGCGCAGCGGCUUCGGCGUGAGCCAGCGCUCCAACGGGCUGCGCUACGAGGGCGAGUGGCUGGGCAACCGGCGCCACGGCUACGGCCGCACCACCCGGCCCGACGGCUCGCGCGAGGAGGGCAAGUACAAGCGCAACCGCCUGGUGCACGGCGGCCGCGUGCGCAGCCUCCUGCCGCUCGCCCUGCGGCGGGGCAAAGUCAAGGAGAAGGUGGACCGCGCCGUGGAGGGCGCGCGCCGCGCCGUCAGCGCCGCCCGCCAGCGCCAGGAGAUCGCCGCGGCCAGGGCAGCUGAUGCCCUUCUCAAGGCUGUGGCAGCCAGCAGCGUGGCGGAGAAGGCCGUGGAGGCAGCUCGGAUGGCCAAGCUGAUAGCGCAAGACCUGCAGCCCAUGUUAGAAGUCCCAGGCCGCAGACCCCGGCAGGACUCGGAAGGUUCCGACACAGAGCCCUUGGAUGAGGAUAGCCCCGGGGUGUACGAGAACGGACUGACCCCCUCCGAGGGCUCCCCCGAACUGCCCAGCAGUCCCACCUCCGCCCGCCAACCCUGGAGACCCCCUGCCUGCCGGAGCCCACUGCCUCCUGGACGGGACCACCGAGGUCCCUUCUCCAGCCCCAAAGCUUGGCCUGAGGAGUGGGGGGGCCUCGGGGAGCAGGCCGAGGAACUCGCUGGCUACGAGGCCGAGGACGAGGCGGGCAUGCAGGGGCCCAGGGACGGCUCCCCACUCCUGGGAGGCUGCAGUGACAGUUCCGGAAGUCUCCGUGAGGAGGAGGGGGAAGACGAGGAGCCCCUGUCCGUGCUGAGAGCCCCAGGGAGCCUGGAGCCUGACCGCCUGACCACAGCGGUCCUGCGGGGACCAUCCCUGAGGGGCCCCGACGCGGGGUGCCUGAUGGAAGAGCAGGAGGAGCCAGUUGCCACCGAGAGGCCUGCCCAGCCGGGAGCUGCCAACCCCCUGGUGGUGGGCGCCGUGGCCCUCCUGGACCUCAGCCUGGCAUUCCUGUUCUCCCAGCUCCUCACCUGAGGCUCCUUCUUGGCCUAGUUCCGGCUUCGAUCGCGGCCUCUGGGCUCCUUCGGCCUGCCUUUACUCCUUCCCCUCCUGGUCAUUUUUUUUCUCCUUUCUUUCUCUUCUCCCUCUUCCUUUCUUUUCUGCCCCCCCACGGUUUUUUUUUCCAUCUCUUGCUUUUUCUUUCUCUUCUCCUUUCAGACCCUCUCAUUUAUUCUGGACCCCCAUCUCUGUCUCCCUCCCUCCCCUGCCUUCUCUCUCUCUCUAGAUUGUUUACAUAUGAAGGGCUUUUCUUGCUCAGAGUUGCUCUCUUCUCUGAGAUAUACAAAUCUAAGUCAGACCAUUG